GUUCCUGGCGGUAGUCCAGUGUUUUUAGCAAUGAAAUGAAGAUUGUCUUGCUAAGUAAUCUUUCGGCCGGUUGCGGAUGGUGAACCAUACAGUCGGAUUUUUCCACCACAUAUCAGCACCAAAUGUACUUUGUACAGUUUUGAUUUAUAUCUAAGGCUGUAUUAUUAAUUCUGGAAAAUGGACAGUGAGAUGUCCGACCUGGACCAAGGCCCAGGGAUGGAGAUGGAGGGGGAGAAUGCACCUGUCUACUGUAUCUGUCGAAAGUCAGACAUCAACUGUUUCAUGAUUGGCUGUGAUAACUGUAACGAGUGGUUUCAUGGGCACUGUAUCGAUGUGACUGAGAAGAUGGCCAAGGGCAUCAGGGAGUGGUACUGCUUGCGUUGCCGCGACAUGAACCCUUCUCUUGAGAUCAAGUUUCGGCCUAAGAAGAGCCAUGAGGAUAGGGUGGAACACCCGCCCCGUAAAGAAAAAAAACCUUCUCUACAGGAUUUCAAGCUGCUGGACAAGCGGCGAGGCAAUAGGGUUAAGCGCUCAGCUCGUAUGUGUGGUGAAUGUGAGCCGUGCAAACGCACUGAGGACUGUGCUCAGUGUGAUUUCUGCAAAGACAUGAAGAAGUUUGGUGGCCCCAAUAAGAUCCGGCAGAAGUGUCGUCUGAGGCAGUGUGAGGUUCGCGCCAGGAAAAUGCUGCGUGUGAAAGAUGAAGAGUUUCUUCGGGAACGGCGGGACAACUCGAUGCACAGCCGUUUUUCAGACGACUUUGAUGAUGAGGAGCUGGAACUCUACCAGCGGUAUAAAGCAGCGCGAAAAACAGAGCCAUGGUUGAGUGAUGACGAGGAUGGGCCGGUGUACAACACAGUGAUGCGCAAGAAGGCCGUCAAGAUCAAGCACAUCAAGAGGCGAGAGAAGAAGUUCGAUAAGAAGCAGAAGGAGUCCAGACGGCACAAACAAAAGCAGAAGCACAAGGACAAGGUCAGGCAUUGCGAGCGCGGGGACGGGCGCGACGGCGGAGAGACGAGGCAGUGCCUGGGUCCCAACUGUGUGGAGCCGACGCGGCCCGGCUCCAAAUACUGCUCUGAAGACUGCGGCAUGAAGCUCGCUGCCAACCGUAUCUAUGAGAUCCUGCCGCAGCGCAUCCAGCAGUGGCAGCAGAGCCCGUGCGUGGCGGAGGAGCUGGGCAAGAAGCAGCUGGAGCGCAUCCGCAAUCAGCAGCAGCAGGCGAGACUCCGCCUCACCGAGAUGGAGCGCCGCUUCCACGAGCUGGAGGGCAUCAUCGUCAAGGCCAAGCAGCAGACCGUACAGGACGAGCAGGAGGUGAAUGAGGGGGAUAGCGAAGACACAGACCUGCAGAUCUUCUGUGUUUCCUGCAGUCAUCCCGUCAACCCUAAGGUGGCGCUGCGCCACAUGGAAAGGUGUUAUGCUAAGUUUGAAAGUCAAACAUCAUUUGGGUCUGUCUUUCCUACCCGGAUUGAGGGGGCGACGCGGCUCUUUUGUGACGUUUAUAACCCUCAGAGCAAAACCUACUGCAAAAGGCUGCAAGUCCUCUGUCCGGAACAUUCCAAAGAGCCCAAGGUGUCCGUCGACGAGGUGUGUGGCUGCCCUCUGGUUCGCAAUGUGUUUGAACCAACGGGGGAGUACUGCCGCGUGUCAAAGCGCAAGUGCAAUAGACACUACUGCUGGGAGAAGCUGCGCAGGGCUGAAGUGGACCUCGAGAGAGUUCGAGUGUGGUACAAGCUGGACGAGCUGUUUGAGCAGGAGCGGAACGUGAGGACAGCGAUGACCAACAGGGCGGGGCUUCUGGCACUUAUGCUGCAUCAGACCAUUCAGCACGAUCCCCUCACCACUGAUCUCCGGGGCAACAAGGAUAGAUGAUAAACCAUUGACUUUCGCCAUUUUUUUUUAAAUCUCUGGACACAAAACCUAACCUCUUGCCCAUGAGUCUGGGCAGAUUCUCUUUUUUUUAAUGUAUUAUACUUCCGAGGAAUGGACCUAAACUGAAGAAUUAUUCUGUUGAUGUCUUUGUAUGGUUAUUUGUUGAUAUCCAGUCCUUUGUGCAUUUUGGUGGCAAAUAAAAUUGUCCUUCCUUUA